GGCGAAAUGACCUAGAAAAAGCGGGAAAAAAGGCGUGGGAUUUAUUUAUGGCAGAUACCAGUACUGAAUCCACACCUAUGAAGCGAUAUUAACGGCAUAUUUCAACCGUGUUUCACCUUUGCUCUUUCAAUUGUUGAGCAGCUUUUCCGUCUCACUCACCUCCUUCGCCCUUGGAUGACGUUUGCUGUUACCGCGACAAAAAACGAUUAUAUCAAUGAGCAUUUAUGUGUUACGUGCCUACGGGGCUUUUGUAACGAAGGGUCAGAGCUCUUAGUUUCUCGAAAUAAUAAUUACGCGUGAAAAGAGUUGCUGUAGAGCAAUCGAAAACUAUGGCAUCUCACAUUACAUACGAGGGGGUGUCUGGUGCUGAGGGAGGCGGUAACAUCUUUGGGGGGAUGAAAUUCUGGGUUUCCCGCUGGGUUCCGUUAAGGGAUUGGGUUAUCCAAAAUAUUCAGAACAACUCGGGGAUUGUCGUCCCUUUGGAGAAAGAUGCAGACAUGCUCAUUGCAGACCACGCAAGGAAAGACGCGCCCCUGGGAUCAUAUUCCUGGAAAUACAUUACGGAGUCGGUAAAGGCUGGUAUUGUUCAAGUUGAAGACAAGUACUUGAUUGGGCCACCUCCUGGCCAGCCUCGGCCAGUGCUCGCGGGCUCUCGUGCCAGAAAAUCUCGCAUCCCUUUUACAGAGCUCGAUGAUGCCAUUCUUGCUAAGCAUGUCCUUCAACAAGGCAUAGACACGGCUGGGAAUAGAAUGUAUCAGGACCUGGAGGCCAAAUACCCCCAUCACACUUACCAGUCAUGGAGAGCUCGAUGGGUAAAAAUAUUGUCGCUAAGAUCUAAUCAUGAUAUUGAUCGAUUAGCGAGGAUGGCCAACUUGGACGUGGGCAAUGCAUCGAUAACUGCGAGGCAGAUCAUAAGGAGGCACGAAAGAGAGGAUUGGCCAGAGCCGCCACAACAAACCCGUGCUCUCGCUGGUAGAGGCGUCGAAAAUGCUCAACGUCGAACUGAGGCUUCGCCCAGAAGCGCUAGACGCGAUGCAACACGGCGCCAAGAGACAACACCAUCUGACAAUACGAAUAGGAAGAGUACUACAGACGAGGUUGCCUCUGAGCAGACUGGCGAUGGCACUGAAAAGGAUUCAACCCCUUUUCACGAUGCACCUACUGGUGAAGAGCAAGAGCGAAUUGAAGACAGCGAGGCAGAAUCAGAAGGCGGCCAAGAAGUCAAAGGUGGAGAAAAUGUUGGGGAAGACGUUGAAGAAGAGAUCGUUGAGGGGGGGGCAGAAGAAGCAAGAGAGGAAGAGGAAGAGGAAGAGGAUGCAGGAGAAGGCGCUGAAGAUGAUACAGGCGUUGACAGAAGUCCGUCUUCCUUUACAGAAAGAGACCAGUUCUACAGUGAUCUUCAAGACUACUGCGAAGCGAACGACAGGGAGCUUGAAAAGCAGUUUGUCAUUAGGGAUAAGAGGAUUGACCUAUGGGACUUGUUUCAAGCAGUAAGCACGCAAUCUCUACCGCUAGAGGAGGUGGACUGGAGACGGGUAGCGCAGUAUGUGGGCUUCGGCCGGGCUCAAAGCAAAGAGAUCAUAGCCACUUUAUUACAGACGAGCUACCAUCGUCAUCUCGCGGGGUUUGUAGAGGCAAUGUUGAGCUUCCAAGCCGCUCUCGACGAGGGCAGCGAACAAGACGAAGAAACUGUUGUUUCGACUGGAGAGGAUGCAGCAGAGCCAACAACGCCUCGAGCGUCGCAGCGAAUCGACGGAACGCCUUCACGGAACGGAAAUGGCAAAGCAAAAGCGAGAAAAAGGCUGUCAGAUGGGCAAUCACCAACACCAGAAGAUGUAUCCAAACGGAGGCGCACAAUAGGUGCUACGAUUCCAGUAACACCCGAGGGCAGGGAGAGGUCAGGGAGACGAUCAUCCGCACCGGCAUCAGCACCGGGACAGUUAGGUAGUUUAGUGGACAACGAUCAAACGCAGGCGGAAGACUCCCGGCAUAGGACACCGAUGAGAGAUCGCCAAAGACGGUGGUCACCAGAGGAACCGGCUGAUAAUACUCCUUCUCAACAAUUACGGAGUGAGAGUGACUCGGUUGUGAGCCCCGAACAUGUUGAUAAAGAGACGCCAACUCGCAAUCAUAAUCAAGCUCGAAGUUCUGGCUACCAUUUCAACGAUAGGGAGCUCGAAACUAUAAUGGAAGAGGAGCCAUCCGCAUCUACUCUGACUAAACCUCAUUCUAAAAAGCGUUCACUACCGUCGUCGUUUCAGCAACCCCAGACGCAGUCUCCACACGAAAGGAGGCAGGCGCAGGAACAAGAGCAACAUCAACAGGAAGAAAACACACAGGAAGAGCAGAGUCCAGAAGAGGAGCAGCAAGAUGAAGAGGAGAAUUGGAAAACAAGGGAGUUUCACAAAUGGACAAAGCACUAUCGAGAAGCGGGCUAUUCUGACGAAAUGAUCUCCGAAGCCAUGCUCCGGACGAGCUGGGUUCCUGGGGUGCUCAUGGAAAGAGUGCUAAUGAGCCUCGAGAAGGGAGAAGACAUACCCAAAAACGUACAAGGCAUAUGGACGUACCGCGAUGACGAGAAGCUCCAAUACAUUAGCCAAUUUGUGGACCUGGAGCCAGCGGCCGAGGACUCGAGUGAAUUGCAACGGCGCAAAGCGAAAGCGAAAAGAAUGCUGGACCAGCUCUUGCACAAACAUACCCAGUCGGGGGUUGAGCUGCGGACAGAGAUUCAUCAGGAGAUAGCCAAGAAGGAGGGGAAGAAGAUGAGAAGAAAGGACUGAGGUGUUUGAGGGGCGAGAGGAGCGCUGAAUUUUGAUUAUGGAGUAUGGUAUAAUUAAUGUCCCUUUGCUUCUCUUCUUUAAGGAUCUUUUUCUUCUUAUAUAUAAUAUUGUCACGAGUAAACUGAUGAAUGAUGAUUUGUAUUUCUUUUUGCCAAAGAGAGGUUGUUGAAAUUGCUUCAAUAUCCUACCCGACGACGCAAGCUGUGGAAGUUGAACAAGGCAAGGCCAAGCAAGCAAUCACCGA